CGAAACUAUCCACGGAUCCAUUUUAUAUUCACCUAUGGCUCCAGCAGCAGCAGCAUCUUCAGAUUCUAUAAAGCCGAGAGAUGUUUGUGUUGUUGGUGUUGCACGUACUCCAAUGGGUGGAUUUCUUGGCUCUUUGUCAUCUUUACCUGCCACCAAGCUUGGGUCAAUAGCUAUAGAAGCUGCUCUUGAAAGGGCAAAUGUUGAUGCGUCACUUGUGCAAGAAGUUUUCUUUGGCAAUGUACUCGGUGCAAAUCUGGGUCAGGCUCCAGCUAGACAGGCUGCGCUAGGUGCAGGAAUACCAAACUCAGUUAUAUGUACCACCGUUAACAAAGUUUGUGCAUCUGGGAUGAAAGCAACAAUGCUUGCAGCACAGAGUAUUCAGCUGGGCAUCAAUGAUGUUGUCGUGGCUGGUGGCAUGGAGAGCAUGUCUAAUGCACCCAAAUAUUUGGCAGAAGCAAGGAAAGGAUCUCGGCUUGGGCAUGAUACUCUUGUAGAUGGAAUGUUGAAAGAUGGACUAUGGGAUGUGUAUAAUGAUUGUGGCAUGGGCAGCUGUGCUGAAUUAUGUGCUGAGAAACAUGUUAUUUCAAGAGAGGACCAGGAUAACUUUGCUGUUCAGAGCUUUGAGCGUGGUAUUGCUGCUCAACAGGGUGGAGCCUUUACAUGGGAAAUUGUUCCGGUUGAAGUUCCUGGGGGAAGAGGAAAGCCAUCCAUCAUAAUUGACAAGGAUGAAGGUUUAGGAAAGUUUGAUGCUGCAAAAUUGAGGAAGCUGCGGCCAAGCUUCAAGGAUAAUGGAGGCACUGUUACUGCCGGGAAUGCCUCCAGUAUAAGUGAUGGUGCUGCUGCUUUAAUCCUUGUCAGUGGAGAAACAGCACUUAAGCUGGGACUGCAGGUGAUUGCAAAGAUUGCUGGAUACGCAGAUGCCGCUCAGGCUCCAGAGUUUUUCACAACAGCUCCAUCCCUUGCAAUACCCAAAGCCAUUUCCAAUGCUGGCUUGGAUGCUUCUCAAAUUGACUACUAUGAAAUCAAUGAAGCCUUCGCUGUUGUGGCUCUUGCAAACCAGAAACUUCUUGACCUUAAUCCAGAGAAGAUUAAUGUGAACGGUGGAGCUGUUUCCUUGGGACAUCCUUUGGGUUGCAGCGGAGCCCGUAUCUUGGUCACACUUUUGGGGGUUUUGAAGCGGAGAAACGGGAAAUACGGAGUUGGCGGUGUUUGCAACGGAGGUGGAGGUGCAUCGGCACUUGUUGUGGAGCUUCUGUUCGAUAUUGUAUGAUGUUGCGACCGCCUUUUCAAGUAUUCAGAGGAUAGAUUCAUGCUGCCAAACACAGCUUGAUGUUGUGCAAUUUUUAUUUCAUUGUCGAAUAAGUUGUAGUGUAGUGAAUGAAUGGGAUGUUUAAUUAG